AUGGAUUUUAAUUCAAUUAAUUAUAUGACUACAGAUAAUGUGAUAAAUAAUGUCGGUGAAACAACUGAUCUGAGUUUAAUGGGCCAUGGCAUUAAACGACUUGACAAAAUACCCUUACGUAAAACUUUAUUAUCAGUUGAUUUACAUUCGAAUCAAAUAGAGAAAAUAAGUAGUUUAACAGCAUUAAACAAUUUAAUACAUCUCGAUUUAUCGUCAAACAACAUUCAACGUAUACAGAAUUUAGAAUGCUUAGUUUCAUUAAAUACAUUAAAUUUGGCAUCAAAUAAAAUAUGCGUUGUUGAAGGUUUAUUUUCACUAAAAAAAUUAACAUGGUUAAAUUUAUCCUACAACAAUAUCGAAUAUUUACAGGGAUUUCAAGAUCUAUGGGGACCACAAUACAAUCUGUCAAUAUUACAAAUGCAUGGAAAUCAAAUUGAUUCGUUAGACGAGAUAACAAAGAAUCUAAGCGGUUUGAGUCAUUUACACCACAUUACAUUUCGUGAAAAUCCCGUUGAAAACUAUGAUGUUUACAGAUUAACAAUUUUCAAUUGUAUUCGUACGCUAUUAAGUUUGGAUGGAAUGGAUCAACAUGGAAAAAAGGAUUUCAAUAGCCAAGGUCUGCCUGGAAUUGAACAAUAUAUGGGCUUAAUGAAAUCAAAUUUGGAGGAGAAUAGAUACCGUUUGCAGGACGUUAAUGAUUCUCUGACAGAAGAAUAUCCUCAAAUUGCUGCAGCUCUCAAUAUGCUUCGACAUCAUAAAACAAAUGAAUCAAGUUCAAUAUCGGACAUUCACUCAAGUAUGGAUAAGGAAAAUGGUUCAAUUUUGGAGGGUGAUACAGUUCCACGAUCAAAAACAGAUAAUGAUGCGAAUGCCAGUUUUACAUCACAAACGCAUCACAUUUCUGCUCAACCACGUCAUGCUACAAAUGAAAAACUAAUAGUACGUUCACCAUCUACAGAUAGUGAAUCGGACCAUCACACAGCAAACCCACACCGUUCUAAACAGAGAAUAACUAUAAAAAGUACAUCGCAACGACGACAUCAACCAACAAGUACUCAGUCAAUACUUUUUAACGAAUCCACCAAAAAACCAUCAAGAAAUCAGUAUUUAACAGUAGAAGAUCGAAUAAUUCCGUCAACAUAUAAUCGUUCGAAAAAAAGUGAUACUACGAGUCUAUUUCGGAUUAGUAAUGGUGGCGGAGACAACAACGAACGAAAUCAACGUGAACAAAACUGCGAUGAAUAUUGUCGAAAAAUAGGUUAUGAUGAGUCAAGAGAAAUUUAUAUGACAACCUUGCGAGAUUUGGAUUCUGAACGCGAUAAACGUUGGCGUGCUGAACAAGAAAUCAAACGGCUAAACGGUUUGAUUAAUGAAUGGAAAAAACGAGCUAGUGAUGGACAUAAUAAUAAAAAUAUGUUACAAGAAUUAUCAGAAAAACACAAACAACGGUUAAUGGAUGAAAGCGCAAAAUUUCAAGAUUUAACAGAAAUAUUAGAUAAUUAUAAGACUCGUUUAAGAGACACGGAAAAACAAUUGACAUCGUACAAAGAAGCACAAGAAACAAAUUUACGUUUAAUAAAAACUUUAGAAAGUAGUCAGGGUCAAUUAGAAAGUGAAAAAAAUGAAUCCCGAUUUAAUGAGAGUGAAAGAGGACGUAAUCUCGAACGACGAUGUGGUAUUUUGCAAUGUGAAAAUGAAAUGUUACAACAAAAUUUAAAAACAAUGAAAACUCAACUGAGAGAUUUACAAGAAGUGUGUGCAACACGUGAAACACAACACAAACAAGAAAUUGAAAAAACACGUAUUGAUAUGCAAUCACCUGAAGUUCAACAAUAUUUGAAACAAGAAAUUCAACGUUGUGAAGAUAUUCUUCGUACCGAGUCAGCACAUCAACAAGAAAAAAUGCAAUCACUUGCUGUAGAAUACAGAAAAUUGGAAGAUGAAUUUCGUCUUGCAUUAAAAAUCGAAGAAAAACGAUAUGAGGAUUUACAUAAUACAAAUGAAGUACUGAGAAAAGAAAAUGAUGUACUACAAAAUGCAUUAAAAAGUUCAAAGCAACGAGAAGAAUCAGAUCGCAAAAUAGAAAAUGAUUUAAUGGCUUUAGUUCGUGAACAGAAGGAACGCUUACAAGAACGUACUGAAGUGAACGAUGUUGUGAUUCAACAAAAUAAACAUUUGACAACUAAAUUUGAAAAUGCUGUUAAAGAAUUGAAAAAAAUACGUGAACAAGUGUUAACCAUGCAAAAAGAUCAUAGAGAAAUAGAGACACGUCUUGUGGCACAAGAAUCUGUUCUAAAUGGUUUACGUGAAGAAAAGAAAUUAUGGAGUCAUGAAUUAGCUCAACAACGUAACAUAACUCGUGCAUCACUAGCUCAAGAUCACGGUCGUCUACAUGCAACAAUUCAAACAUUACAGAGUGAAAUAAACUUGUUAAAAAUACAAUUAGACAAAGAAAUUGAUGCUGGUAGAAUAAAACACUUGAUAGUUGAAGAUCAAACAGAUACGAUAAAAAAGUUAAAAGAUGAAUUACUUGAUCGAGAUGAUACAAUUAAAAAAAUAUGUGAACAACAAAUGGAUAGACAAAAGGAACUUGAACAACAGCUGAACAAUGAACAAGCACGUAAUCAGGAUUUGCAGGAAAAAUAUGCGAAAGCAUGUGAAAAACGAGACGCAAUAAAACACGAUAUGCACAAUCUUCAACAACAAUUGGACAAAGCAAAAGCGGAUUAUAACGCUCUUAAUCGAAAAUGGAAAGAAAAAUCAGAUGUAAUCACAGAAUUGGAUAAUAAAAUUCGUAAAGCAUCUGAAUCGUAUCAAAUAAAUGAAAAAAAAUUAAUUGAAGAAAAAACAACAUUAAUUGAAAUGAAUAAAAAUCUUGAAGACAAACUUCGACAACAAGAUGUCGAUUUUCGUACACAAUAUGAAUCGAUUGAGCAUGACCAUAGACAAGCAAUAAGUCAGAUACAAAAGACUUAUGAUGAAAAAUUACAGCAGACACAAUUUCGAGUGAUUGAAGUUGAAGAAGAAAUGCGUGUAUUAUUACUCGAGACAGAACGUCGUAAAAAAACAUUCGAAGAUCGGGUUAAACAAUUGAAUAGUGUUAUGUAUGAUUUUCAAAAUUUUCAACAGUCACUCUAA